AUGGAUGACUGGGAGCGGCACGUAACCCCGCUCCUUCAAGACAUGGGGUGUGCAAACGAAGACGCCCAAGAUGACUUCUUUAAUCAACAAGACAUAGUAAAUGAGGUGUUCCGAGGUUGCUGGUACAAUCUAAUAAAUGUACCGAAGUCCUGGCUCGACACCAGCACGAAGGAACGGCAGGUGGUAGAGGAGGUGGUGGUGCUGGUUUUUAGUCUAUUGAGCCCCAUCUGUGGUGUCGUAGCGCCAUUCAGGUCGCGUUUGGUUUUGACCGCGCCGGAGUUGAGACUUAAGAAUAGAGACCCUUAUCAUCCGUAUCGCCAUCUCCUUCUAAUUCUAGUGGCUAUUCAAUACCAGUCCCAUAUCGACUUGGCGAAUUCAUCUGUUAUUUCCUAUGUGUUCAAUGAACACCCAGUCCAAGACGUCAGUGGUUUCGGACAUCCGUCGUAG